AUGAUAAGAGACUGCAGAAAUGUUACAGAAGAUGAUCAGAGACUGCAGACAUGUUAGAGGAGAUGGUCAGAGACUGCAGACAUGUUACAGGAGACGGUCAGAGACUGCAGACAUGUUACAGGAGAUGGUCAGAGACUGCAGACAUGUUACAGAAGAUGAUCAGAGACUGCAGAAAUGUUACAGGAGAUGGUCAGAAACUGCAGACAUGUUAUACAAUAUUGGCAGAGACUGCACACAUGCUACAGGAGAUGGUCAGAGACUGCAUACAUCUUACAGGAGUUGAUCAGAGGCUGCAGACAUGUUACAGGAGAAGGUCAGAGACAGCAGACAUGUUACAG